GUGGAGUAUAUAUCACCUGGACGUUGCAUUCACAUUACUGCAAUCCAUACCGAGGUCGUAUCGGACGCGACGGAGAAGACGUUGCUACACAGCCCUUCUCAUCGUCAGGUUUCCCCCCAUUUUUUUGCGCUUCAAAGACCUAGUUGCUCCAGCGAUGCUCCAAGCUGCUCCAGUGGUGCUUGCAGCUGCUUCAGAAAUGCUCGCAGCUGCUCCAGCGAUGCUUGCAGCUGCUCCAGAAAUGCUUGCAACUGCAGAAAUGCUCGCGGCUGCUCCGGCGGCGGCGGCAGCUGCUCAAGCGAUACUCGUAGCUGUUCCAGUAAUCCUUAUCCCAGCAAUAACGGCCGCCUGGUGGAAGGAAAGAUGCGAUCGUGAGAAGGCAGAAAAGGAGGCAGCCAAGGCUGCAGAAGCUUUUCGCAGAGCAAACGAAGAGAAGCUUGUGACUGAGCGUAAAUGGUUAGAAGGAGUUCGCCCAGAGUGCCGCCCUUCGGAGAAGGAUAUGGUUCGGAUGAAGGCCAAGUAUCUUUAUAGCCCAAACUUCCUCCACCUUGCAGUUGUCGGCUCUUCUGGAAGUGGGAAGUCAUCCUUCAUCAAUGCCGUCCGCGGCCUAUCCAACGAUGACCCUACCGCCGCUCGUACGGGCAUUGUCGAAACUACUAAUGCCGUCACGAGAUACCCUGAUCCACGCCCAAACUCCCGAAUCAUUUGGUAUGACGUUCCCGGAGCAGGCACUCCAAACGUGCCUGACUGGCAGUACUUCAAUGACCUGGGCCUCUACAUCUUCGACUGCAUUAUUGUGCUCAUUGACAAUCGUUUCUUGGACUCCGACCUCGCCAUCCUUCGCGCCUGCAGGCAGUUCACCAACGUUGAGGCGUUCAUUGUCCGCUCCAAGUCGGACCAGCACAUCAACAACAUGGCGUACGACAGGAUGCCAAGAGGUUUCGACCUUGGUGAUCCUGAUCUGGACAACGAGACCCGUUCUCGAUUUCAGCAAAUGAAAUCUGAAGGACGGAGGAGGUUCAUCGAGGAAACGCGUCAGAGUGUACAACUGAACCUCGAGAGCAACAACCUCUCUCCUAAGACAGUCCACAUCGUUUGCAAGGAUGCCUUGCUUGCGGCAUUUGGCAAUACGCCCUCCCCAAAGGCAAUUGACGAGGCAGAACUUCUGAAUUAUGUUGGAGAAUGUGUGGUUAGGCGUCUGCAGCUGGGGCAUGAAAAGCCUGCACUGACAGCCCCAUUGCUCGCACGAAGCUCAGAUUAUGCAACAUAAACCCCGAUGUUUUCUUUUGUUGGCUGGUUUAUUAUUUAUUUUCUCGUCAGAUGUGACAUCCCUUCGAGACCGCCCCCUUCCCCUGUAGUUGCACGUGGUAUUGCAUUCUCGGAAAAUGUCGAUUCGUUUUGUUACUUAAAACUCCUAGUUGCAUCAUUUUGACAAUGAAGUCUGGAACAAUCAUCAGGAAGUAUGGGGUCGCAGGGUGUC